AUCAUACGAUUAGCUGGGUAACUAAAGCUUCCAGUGCUUCCGUUCUUGGCUGGACCCCGCCAAAAAAGAACCAGAACCAGAACCUCAAGAGCUCAACUGCUUCACCUGCCAUCUAUCACACUGCCCUCCCUCGUCUGCUGGUGAUCGAUCACUGCUGACAGCUCUUCUUGAGUAAUUCACUAGCACAACUACAUCUCUCUCCCUCUCUCUCUCUCUCUCUCUAUAUCGCAACCAUGGCAGACACGCGCAAUCCGCCCCUCACCUACGAGGCGUCCGCAACCACCACCCACCCACACAUCGCGACUUCUCUCCCGUCUGAAGUGGUCUCAUGCCUGAAGAAUGCGCGCUUCCUCCAUCUCGCAACAUGCGACGACCUCACCCCUCAUAUCUCUCUCAUGUCCUACACCUAUCUUCCCUCGACGCCAUUCUCCUCUGAGCCCACGAUUAUCAUGACCACCAACCCGUCGUCCCGUAAAACUCUGCAUCUGCUCUCGAAUCCACGAGUCUCCCUCCUGGUCCAUGACUGGGUCUCCCAUCGCCCGCCCACUCGCGGUCCAAAUCCCGCCGGUGCCCGUGACGGCUCCCCGCCGCCUGCGGCCACCCGCUCCUCUCUGGCCAGUCUACUGCUGAGCAUCAACACGAGCGCUCUCUCCAGUAUCUCUACUACCAUCACGGGCACUGCACGUUUCCUCGAGCCUGGCUCCGAGGAGGAACGUUGGGCCAAGGAACGCCAUCUGGAGAACAACACCUUUGCGUCCGGUGAGGAGACCGCACUCUUCGGGCAGCAGCAGGGCGAGCCGCAGAUGGACCCUGCCACCGUGAUGGAUGAGUCGGUGCGGGUGGUCGUGGUGCCUAUAAAGGAGGGCCGCAUAGCAGACUGGAAAGGUGGGGUGCGCGAUUGGAAGGUCGUCGCGGAAGGAGAGGAGCAGCACGGGUUAGUCAACGGAGUAUCUCCGUCGGCUGCAUCAUGAUAGCGUUCAGAGCAGAGGACGAUAAGUUCUGACUUGCUAUUAUCAAGUUCAUACGAACUUGGACUUCCAGUCGCUGAUCUAGAUUGGUUCCUCUGGGAAACGGACGAACAUGGAAAUCGGUCCUGAUGUCGCUAUCUUCCAAAUAUGUCAUUCCGUACACAGCUUGCAGAGUCUGGAGUUUUCAGGGCUAUGGCGUCUAGUGACUUGGACUAAGUAUGAAAAUCUCCACGUAUCUAAAAAUCGGAUACAAUAAAUCCAUUCAAAUGACGGUCGAAAUAGAGAAACAGAAAUACAGACCAUGUUCAUAUAGAAUCCAUAAUCUAUCCUCUAGCACACAAUAAAACCUACAUUCAUCUUCUA